UUUAGCGACGACGCCAUGCGUCCCAAUUGUUUACUGCCACAGAUAACGCUGUUUCUGAUUACCUUCGUCGACAGCAGGGGUGUAGACUGUCAAGGAACGGCCAGCGAGUGCGGUAGACCCGUCGUCAUCUCUGAGCCCCCCAGGGUCCGAGUAAACGCGGAGCCAGAAGAUGCAGACCACGGCGUGUGGCCCUGGAUGGCCGCGCUGCACUUGAACGCGCCGUCGCCGACGCAAAGCCACUUCUGCGACGGUGUCCUCAUCGGUGACAACCACGUAUUGACGGCUGCGCACUGCAUAGACUCCAAGCUUUCGAGCGAAGUCCGUGUCCAUCUCGGUUCCCAUUUCACAAACCUCAGGCUGCCAGGAGAGCAGGUCAUCGAGGCAGAGGAGAUAUGCGUCCACAAGCGCUUCCGCAGUGGACAGGAAAUGUAUGACAUCGCUGUGAUCAAGUUGAAGGAAGCUGCUACCUUCAGUGAGACGGUACAACCCAUAUGCUUGCCCGAAACACAUGCGGAGCUACCCGAUAGCACGCAGCUGUAUGCAGCUGGGUGGGGAAGCGGGAAGGAAUGUGAAAACUGCUCCCAGGCGAAAACGCUAAAGCAGAUGACUACAAGUUCUAUUGCAAAUCGCCGGUGCUUGGAUUACUUCAACAAGACGGCGGACCCGUCCAUAAUGUGCGCCUACGUGAAGGAUGUGCCAUCUAUUUUCGGCGACACGGGUAGUCCAGUUGUGGGCUAUUGUGCACCGACUCACUGGGUAGUCUAUGGAAUCGUGUCCGACGGACCACGACGUGACGGCUUCGAACACUUGCCACUCAUCACUACCAAGGUUUCGCAUUACACCCAGACGUUCAUUUACCCUUACAUGGACGCCAUGAGCCCGUCCCAGGUUCAAAGGAUAUGCGCUUCUCGACCUCAAUGUGGAGUACCUUCGAUACCACCGCAGCUUGACCCUGAUGAUCGCAUUUAUGGUGGCACCGUAGCAAUGCCCGGCAGCUGGCCAUGGCAGGCUGGCAUUUACACCCACCGAUACCAGCACUUCUGCGGUGGCGCCCUUAUCAACCACAGAUACAUCCUCACUGCGGCGCAUUGCGUCUGGUCGAAGCUGUCCACAACUGUGAGGGUGCACUUGGGUGCGUAUGCUCGUGUUGCCAGAGACAAUACGGAGGUUGUGUACAAGGUCGACGAAGUGUGCGCCCAUCCACUUUUCAGGCCAAGCGCGGUUAACUCACAUGACAUCGCCAUCAUCAAACUGCGGGACAAGGUGACCUUCACGCGGACGAUAUCCCCGGUAUGCCUUCCGAGCCACAAAGAGGAACUGCCUGAGGGCGCCAAGUUCUACGUCACCGGAUGGGGCUCAACAAGAAAAUCCAAAGUCAUCGAAAAGUCUAGGGAGCUCAAGCAAGCUUUGAGUGAAGAGCUUCCGCGUAAUCACUCAGUUUGCUCUUUCCUGAGUCCUCAAAUCCUCUGCGGAAGUCACGUCUAUGGAUCAUCAUGCUUCGGUGACAGUGGUGGCCCAGUAGUGCACCGAAGCAACGGCACUUGGACACUGUUUGGCCUCGUGAGUGGCGGGCCCUGGACGUGUGGCAAUGCGUUGGAAUACCCACUGAUAUUUUCCAAGGUGUCUCACUACAUAGACGACUUCAUCCUGCCGUACAUGGAUCCGAAGACUCCGCGGAAAGAGAUUCGUCGAAUCUGCACUCUAACGUGACGCUCUUCGUAGAGCGGCGGCAUUCUAUCUUGGCUGCAGUCAAUAAAUGUGAAACCACAUUACCAUCA